GGGGAUGGGGGGAGUAGAAGGGUCCGGCUGGAAACACUGGAGCAGGAGGGAGACCGAGAAGCGCUACAGUCUGUCUGCCCGCCCCGCUCCCCCUGCCGCCCCUGCUUCCCGCCGGGCGAGCGCGCGUGGUGCAGCCCAGGCAGCGGAUCGCUCCCCCUGCCGCGGGAAGGGUGUUGGUUCGGGCCGUCAGUCAGUGUCAGGCGCCCUGAGGCACGGGACGGGAGGGGUCUCGGGGGAGCCGCCGGGUGACUGAGGAGCCAGCUAAGCUAUCACUAUGAACGCCAUUGUUGCCCUCUGUCAUUUCUGUGAGCUCCAUGGCCCUCGCACCCUCUUUUGUACAGAGGUGCUGCAUUCACCACUUCCUCAGGGCGCCGGGAAUGGAGACAGCCCUGGGCAAAGUGAGCAGGCAGAAGACGAAGAAGGCGGCAUUCAGAUGAGCAGCAGGAUCCGCUCACACAGCCCAGCAGAAGGUGCUAGUGCUGACUCUAGUAGUCCAGGGCCAAAGAAGUCAGAUAUGUGUGAGGGUUGCCGCUCUCUUGCAGCAGGACACCCUGGAUAUGUCAGCCAUGACACAGAGACAUCAAUCAAAUAUGUCAGCCACCAGCACCCAAACCAUCCUCAGCUGUUCAGCAUUGUGCGUCAGGCCUGUGUCCGCAGCCUGAGUUGUGAGGUCUGCCCAGGACGUGAAGGCCCUAUCUUCUUUGGGGAUGAGCAGCAUGGCUUUGUGUUCAGCCACACCUUCUUCAUCAAAGACAGCCUGGCGCGUGGCUUCCAGCGCUGGUACAGCAUCAUCACUAUUAUGAUGGACCGGAUCUAUCUCAUCAACUCCUGGCCUUUCCUGCUGGGGAAGAUCCGAGGCAUCAUUGAUGAGCUUCAGGGAAAAGCACUCAAAGUGUUUGAGGCUGAGCAGUAUGGGUGCCCGCAGCGAGCCCAGCGCAUGAAUACAGCCUUCACCCCCUUUCUGCACCAGAGGAAUGGUAAUGCAGCCCGUUCCCUGACAUCGCUGACCAACGAUGACAACCUGUGGGCAUGUCUACACACUUCCUUUGCUUGGCUUUUGAAAGCCUGUGGCAGCCGACUCACAGAGAAGCUUCUGGAGGGAGCUCCCACAGAGGACACCCUAGUUCAGAUGGAAAAGCUUGCAGAUCUGAAAGAAGAGUCAGAAGGCUGGGAUGGCUCAGAGGGAGAAGAAGAGAAGCCUUCUGCCCAGCCAGAUGUUGUGGAAGGGCGGGAGCUAACUAAAUGCCCAACGGACACAUCUCUGGUGUCAGAUUGCAGCAGCUGGAAUGUAGCUUCCAGAAGGCUGUCUGUCUUCCGGUCCCUCAGGCACAUGAGACAGGUCCUGGGGGCAUCAGCUUUCCGCAUGCUGGCAUGGCACGUAUUAAUGGGGAACCAGGUCAUCUGGAAAGCACGAGAUGCAGAUCUCAUCCAGUCUGCCUUUGACAUCCUACGGACCAUGCUGCCUGUAGGCUGUGUUCGGAUUAUCCCCUACAGUGACCACUAUGAAGAGGCAUAUCGGUGUAACUUUCUGGGGCUCAGCCCCCAUGUGCAUAUCCCACCCCACAUACUGUCAUCUGAAUUUGCUGUCAUUGUGGAAGUCCGCACUGCCACCCGGUGCAGCCUCUACCCGGUCUUGUUUGAUGAUGAGCAGCCCCUCAGCAAGUACGAGUUUGUGGUCACCAGUGGCAGCCCUGUGGCAGCAGACCGAGUUGGCCCUACCAUCUUGAACAAGAUUGAAGCUGCUCUGACUAACCAGAAUCUUUCUGUAGACGUUGUGGAUCAGUGCCUUGUCUGCCUGAAGGAGGAGUGGAUGAAUAAAGUGAAGGUCCUCUUUAAAUUCACCAAAGUAGACAGUCGACCCAAGGAGGACACUCAAAAACUGCUCAGCAUUCUGGGGGCGGCUGAGGAAGACAAUGUCAAGCUCCUCAAGUUCUGGAUGACUGGCCUGAGCAAGACGUACAAGUCGCACCUGAUGUCAACGGUCCGCAGCCCAACCUCUUUGGAGUCUCGGAACUAACCGGGAAUGCCUGGCCUCACUUGCUGCCUUCGAAUACCUGCAGGGAACCGAGAGGUUUUUGAGCCUUCAGCAUGCACAUCAUGUGAAUAGUGAAACACCACUGAACCUCGUACUGCCCUCAGGUUAACUCUAAGAGUUCUAGUUUUAGGCUUUUGAAUUGCUGUGAGACUGUGCUCCUAAGAGUGCAUGUAAUUAAUGCUGCUCUCUGCCUCCAGAUAGGGCUCUGGACUCCAGCUCCACUCUGAACCUAGCCUGCAAACUGAAGUCUAAUUCAGUGUAACUCAAGCAACCAGAGUAAACCAGUCAGUGGCCUUGUGCCAGCCUUAUCACUAAUGGGGUGACAGUAGAACUCCUGCAGCUCUGGAUUUUAUCUUGGAUGUUGCCAUAAAUAGAUGUCUUGAUGUUUGGGACUGCAGAGAGACAAAAACAAUUUGGACAUAAUAUCACUGUAGGUCCCACCUAAUAUCUCCAUAGAUUAGAGGAGCAAAGAAGCAACAAAAAUCUUAGGUGUGUGACUGAGGUUACUACAUCUGAACCGCAGUUAUGGAACACUCCUAUCAUUACUUUCUAAAACCACUUCGUGCUCAGUAGAUUUGGCUGGAUCUGAAGAACUUCAUGACUUAUGCUACAACAGAGAAUUGCAGAGGACUCUUAUUUAUGUUGGUCCACGUUCUUAAUAGCCUAACUUUAAAACCACGCUUUAGGUUUGGUCCAGAAAUCUGCUACUGUCCAAAAUUGUAAGUGACACAAGGGUUGUCUCAAAGCGCACACUGAAUGAUGAUGUGUAGGCAAAGUUCCGUUUAUUUUUUGCUUAAGGAUGUAAGAUUUCAAGCACAGAGGGUACUUUAUCCUGGACAAGCGCUUCUUACCUUUCUCCUCCCCUCAGAAGUGCUCCACUGCUCUCUGUAUUCUAACGUUCCAGGUAGUGUGUGGUUAAGCAGGAAACAGCCAGUUUACAGAAUCUCCCUCGCUGUGAAAGCCUGAAGUAGCGAGUUUGAAGUCUAAUACCAUGGCAAGGAGAGCAUGCACAAGAAGAGCAGCAUCAUCUGUGCAUCUUUUAGCUACUGACUUUGGCUCUUAGUGAACAUCUUACUGUAAAGGAAUUACUGUAUUUCUAAUUUUAUCCUAGGGUAUUGUUGGAAAUCUUGACAGGACUAGAGACUUUAAAAAUAAAAAAGGCAAAGAAAGUGUGUUGUAAUUCCAUUGAACCAAUGUGUUUGCAUUUUAACAAGAACCAGAUCUGGUAUUCAAACCCAUCUGCAGGUUCUGUUUUUAUGUAUAUUUAGUACCCGGGUAUUUUUGUCAAUAACAUCUGUAAAAAUGGCAACAAGCAUUAAAACUCAAUAAGAGCUAUUUUUGUAAAAUGGAGAGAA